UUCCUUUGAAAAUAAGUGAAAAUUUAUGGGAACGUGAGAGAAAAGGUACCACAAGUGAAGGCAUACAGCAAGUGACAAAAGAAAUUGCAACCCAAACAUUCUUAUUUUUUGUACCAAGACGCAUUUAAAAUGGUGGCUUUAGCAAAAAGCAUAACAGAAUGCCCGGAUAUAGAGAGUAUCUGGCACGUGGAGGGUUCAAACACCAGCGUUAGUGUUACGACUGAUAAAUUUCUGCUGAGUCACAGUGACGUCGGACCUUAUAUUCACAUCAUUUGUCCGGAAGGUUCGCACGUGGUUGGACCAAGUAUGAUCACGUGUCUAGAGGGCGGAGUCUGGGAUGAUAUGACAGAACCAUCAUGUUCUACUUCGAGUCUUUACGGUAUUGCUCAGUCUGAUGUUGUGCUGAUAGGCGUUCUGGCUGGGUGCGGAGCUAUUAUUAUCCUCGCACUAACUAUCAUACUGGCGCACCUGCUGUGCUUUAAGAAGAAGGAUAUACAAGAUACAAGGUCAACAGACAGACUCGACAGAAAUUCGGACAGUCCACAAUCAUCGUCUAUGUACUUGGACGACAAACAUUUCCACACCAUAUCUACUCCAUUAAGUGCUACACUAAACGGGCGCCCCCUGACACAUGUUUCCCGUGGCAACCCUAACUACGGACAUCACGGGACACAAAAUUAUGACACUAGAUCUUUGUCAAGCUCGAUUAUAAUGUCCUAUAAUUCGGGCGAUCAUGAAUAUUCAUUGCCAAGAUACUACUUACAACAUCCGGGGCAUUUAGAAAAUCAGUCUAAUUUCAACGAUCACGUGUACACUGACCCGACAUUGCCCGCGCAUGCGCAGCAGAUGACGGCUACACCGAUUGAAGAUGACAACGUGUUUAUAAAUGAGGCCUUUGCAGAAGAAUUCCCAUCAAGAGAUUACAGAGCAAAUUGGGAAAACAGUAUUAAUGCGCAACAGGCAAGAUCAAAUACCGCACUUUCCUUACCACCUCCACCAGUAUUUGUGUACGACAACCGGACUACUUUUUGAGUAUGCGCA